AUGGCUUCUGCUGCAGACUUCUCUCAACAGGAUUUUGAUUAUAUUGUCAUUGGGGGCGGAACAACUGGGCUUUCAUUGGCCUCGAUCCUCUCAACUAACGCUAGCAUUCGUGUAGGAGUCAUUGAAGCAGGCGUGAGGAAGGACGAUGAGAUGAUUCUUGUACCCGGCCUAGUCGGCAAGGCCGUUGGAAACGCCGAAUAUGACUGGAAUUUAGUCACAAAACCUCAGCCAUCUGCUCAGAAUCGGGUGAUGCCAAUCCCUAGAGGCAAAGUCCUUGGUGGCACAUCAGCAUUGAAUUUCAUGGCUUACUGUCGGUACUGGGAGAAACUCGGCAUUAAAGGAUGGAAUUGGAAUGCCAUCAGUAAUGCAAUUAAAUCUGCUGAGGCCUGGAGCCCUCCAACCAGUCAUUCCAAGGCGCACCACGCAGACAACGUUGCGAAACAUCAUGGCAGGUACGGCUAUGUCAAGACCACUGCAUACAGCUACUUUUAUGAUCUCGUUUUACCAUUUUUUGAGACCAUGAAUGAGAUGGGUGUGGUCACGAACCAAUCUGAAGCCUCUGGAGACAAUAUAGGCAUUUGGACGUACACAGCGUCCAUCGAUCCUCAAACCAAUACGCGCUGUUACAGUACAAAUGCGUAUUAUGAUCGGGUCUCUAACCGACCGAAUAUCGUUGUACUCACUGGUGCACAAGCCUCUAAAGUAAUUUUUAAACAAACCUCCAGUAGUGACCUGCAAGCCACGGCAGUUGAAUAUCGUAAAGGAGGGCGAACUUACAAAGUCCCUGUGCGCCGGGAAGUUAUCAUAUCAACUGGUGCUCUGCAAACACCCCAGCUCCUGGAACUUUCAGGGAUUGGGAAUCCCGACCUCUUGCGUAGGCUGAAUAUUCCUGUAAAAAUUGACUUACCUGGCGUUGGCGAAAACCUUCAGGACCACCCCAGGGUAUCCAUGGGCGCAGAGCUGAAAGGCUCGCACGAGACCGCGGAUGACCUCAAUUCAGAAAGCUUUGCUAAACAAAGACUAGAACAAUAUCGUCUUUCCAGAACAGGGAUGCUCAGCAGCACACUGUCUACCGUGGCUUUGAUUCCAUCGUCAUCUUUCAUCCCACCCGAAAAGAUGCAGAGUAUUCUGUCAAUCCUGGACGAUGCCCUGAAAUUACCGCAAAUUCAAAACUCGCCCUGGAAAAGUGCUUACAACCACGUCGGCUGCACAAACGAAAAAUCUAAGCAUUACAUGAUAUCAGUCUUCCUGCAGCAUGCUUGGAGUCGAGGACAUGUGCAUGCUACUUCUUCAUCUGUGUUGGAUUCGCCAGAAAUUGAUCUGGCAAUGCUCGAAUCUCUGGGAAACAUUGAUAUGAUGAUGCUUUUGGAGGCUGUAAAAUAUGUUUUCAAGGUCAUGGAGACGGGGGCUCUUGGCGAGUUGACUGCAGAUAUCGUUGAACCUAAACCUUCUUGGUCUGAUGAACAACUCAUGGAUUAUAUCCGCUCAGACAUUGGAAGCGGAUUCCAUCCUAUCGGGACAGCAUCGAUGCUCCCUCGUUCCGCCAAUGGCGUCGUCGAUAACAAACUGAAGGUGUAUGGGACAACCAACCUGAGAGUAGCGGAUGCUAGCAUCUUCCCAAUUCAUGUAGGAACUCAUCCUCAAGCCACGCUUUAUGGGUGA